AUGGACAAUUCACAAUCUUGUGGCAAUGAAUCAGAAAAUACCUCAAAAAAGAGCCCAUUUGAUAAUUUAACUCAAGCUGAGCUAAUAAAAAAAUGUAAAAAUUUGUUGGUAAUUGCUCAGAAGGCCAACAAGCCAGGGACGUACAAUGACUCGCUUACUAAAAAAAAUAUUUCAAUUGAAGAAAAGUUGUUACAGUUUGACACAGAAAAUUUAUCUCUAAAGAGGCAAAUUUCAAGAUUAACCGAUGAUAAUGAACUUUUACAAGAAUUGGAAGUAUUAGAAAAUAGGCUUAAUAAUGAUAAUUCACAAAGUGAUUUAGAAAUAUCACAAAGUGAGUUAGAACUUAAGCUGGACUCUUUGAUAAAAGAGAAUGAGGCUCUCAAAACAGAAAAAUUAAAAUUGAGUGAAGAAAUUAAUGCCAUAACUAGUGAAAAAAUAUCACAAAGUGAGUUAGAACUUAAGCUGGAUUCUUUGAUAAAAGAGAAUGAGGCUCUCAAAACAGAAAAAUUAAAAUUGAGUGAAGAAAUUAAUGCCAUAACUAGUGAAGUUGAACUAAAAACGGAGAAAACGAUGGAUAGCUUAAGAAAUAUAUCCAGAGAUAAUAUUGGUUCCAGUAAAAAUAAAUUGCAUGAAGAAUUAUUUGAAGAAACCCAGGAUCCUCAUCAAAAUGAUGCAGAAUUGGAUUUUCAAAUUGGUAAAUUAAAUGCAGAAAAGGAUGAAGCUGAUUCUAAGGAAAAGAAAGCUCAGCAAAUCGCUGAUAAAGAAAAAAGAAUGUUAAUUAUUGAUGACUUGAAAUUCCAAUUAGGUGAAAGUCUAAGUAGCAAAAAUCUUCUUGAAGAACAAAUUAAUAAGUUAAAUAUACAGUCAAAACAGUUUGACGAUGAACAAAUCCAAGAAAAAGAUGAAAUUAUUAACAACUUGGAAAGUAAUCUUAGCAAUGCCAAAACGCAAGUAACUGUAUCUGAAGAAGAAAUUAAAACUGUAAAAUUGAAUUAUGAACAAUUAAAUCAGAAUUAUAAUGAAUUGGUGAAAGGCAGAGAAAAGUUAAUAUCUAAACUUAAAAUGUACCAUCAAAAAUUAACUGAAUUUCUUUGUGAUAAAUUACUAGAAUAUGAAAAAGAAAUAAAAGCACUGCAAGAUAAAUUAUCAUGCAUUGAAUCUGAGCGACGGAAUAUUACACCUGAAUAUAUUGAAAGUUUAGAGACAUUAGGAAAUGAAAAUCUCAAGCUAAGUGAAGAACUGAAAACUGUUAAUGCCGAGCAAAUUGAGUUUCUGAAAAAUAAACUCGAGAGUUAUGAAAAGGAGAAAAGCAAUAUACAAACUCUUGAAGAGGAGAUUGUUGGAAACAAUUUACAGAAAACACAAUACAAUUCCCUGAAAUCAGAUAAUGAGAAGUUAAUCAAAGAACUUAAGGAAUCCAGGUAUAAAUGCUCUGCCUUAGAGGAUAUGGAAACUGAUCUUAAUAAUUUACGUCAACAACUAUGUAAUAAAUCUAUUGAAAAUAAAGAAUUGCUAAAUGAAAUGAGGGAAAUAAAUGAAGUCUUAAAACAAAGAGGUGAAACAAUAUCUAAUCAACAAGAAUAUUGUGGUGAAUUAGAAAAGAAAAGAAUUAAAGAUCAAAUUCAACAAUCUGAUCAAAUUAAAAAUAUCAUAAUUGAAAAAGAUUCAUUAAUAGAGUCACUUCAAAACGAAGUUGGAAAGUUGAAGGAUAAAUUAAAUAAUGCCGAUGCUCAAAGUGAUGUGAUGUCAACUUCUACAAUAUCUAGAGCAGAAGAAGCAUCCCGAUUAAAAGAUGUUGAAUCAUCACUUGAAGAGCGCUAUACAAAAAUGAAAACGCUAGCAUGUAAAUAUAAAAAAAUAGUCACAGAAAAGUGUUCUCAAUUGGCAGCCCUAGAGGCAGAAAAUAAAGCUUUACUUUUGGAGAAAAAUGAAUCUACAGGGAAAGUAUCAUCAAAUGCAAAGAAUAUGCAGAUUUUACAACAAGAGUGUGAUAGAUUACAAGAUGAAAUUGAAGAAGAAAAAAAGAAAAAUAAAGCAUCAGAUAAAAUUAUAAAUUCUUUGAAAGAUGAAAUCACAAAGAUUAAAUCUGAACUCGAUUCAAAAGAGGAGAAUGGCAAUAAAUCAAAGUCUACAACUGAAUCUAGUACUAAGGACAGACGAUCAGUAGAAGGUUCGAAUAAAGAACAACAAAAUCUUAUUUUAAAUUUAAAGAAAAAUCUACAAGAAGAAAUUGAAAAAAGUAAAGGUUUUGAAAAAGAGAUUAAAAAAUUAGAAGAAAUUGUAAAAUCAAAAGAACUGCAGUUAAAUGAACAGAUUAAUAAUGUUAAGUCUAUAAAAGAUGAACUUGCAGAAAGCAAAAAAGAAAUCAAAAAGAACAGUGUCUUAAUUUUAGAAAUUGAUAAUUAUGAAAAGACACUAAAUGAAAUCUCAAAAAAACUUGAAUUACGUAAUGGAAGAAUUAAGGAACUUGAAUCUGCAAUUUCUUCAAAUUCAGACACUAUCAGUUCUUUGAAAGAGCAAAUAAAAUUACUAGAAGCAAAUUUAGAGUCUGAAGUUCAGCAUAGCAAAGAAAUAAAAGACAGAUUAAAUUCUACUCAAACCUCUUUGAAUGAAUCGGAACAUAAAAAUUCUUUGCAAUCAAAUGAGAUGUUACAGCUUAAACAUGAGAUUGAAAAACUUACAUCAAAGAUUGAAGAACUAGGUGUUGAAUUUACUAAUGUCGUAGCAGAGAAAGAAAAUAUUAUCACUAAUUGUAAAAGUGAAAAAGAUAGCCUUCUAAGGCAAACUUAUGAUAUGGAAAAUACUAUUAGUAACCUCACCGAAAAUCUUAGUAAAUGCAAAGAUGAAUUAAUGGAUGUUAAGACAGAGUUUUCAAGUUAUAAGGUCAGAGCCCAAUCAAUUUUGAAGCAAAAUCAAUUUAAAGAUGUUAGCAAAGAAGAUGAACUUAUAGAAGAAAUUAAAUUAUUAACAAUGAAUAAUAAAACUUUGACAAAUGAUUUAGAACAGAUGAGUAAAAAAUAUGAUAAUCUAAAUAAGGAGCACAUGCAAGUAAAGGAAGAAAAAGACAAAACAGUUGAGCAUUAUAAUAAACUUGUAGCAGUUGUGGAUGAAGUACGUGUCCGACAUGAUUUGCUAUUAGAAGCAAAUCAAACCUUAAACAUUGAGCAUCAAGAAGCAAUAAAAGCCCAGAAGAUACAAAAUGAAACGCUUAUUAAGUGCUACAAGCAACAGAUAUCAGAAUUACAAGAACAAAAUAAAAAGCAAUUGGAAGAUUUUAGAAAGCAAUUUGAACAAUUGAAAGGAUUAAAAAAGUCAACAAAAGAUAAACAUAUCAAUGAGCUUAAACAACAUGAACAUUUAUUUGCAACUGUUCAAGAAGAAAAUGAAGUUAAUAUUUCGAUGAUGGAAAGAGGAGAUGGAGAAGGUUCUGAAAGCACAAAUUCUAUUUCUCCUACAUUCAUAACACAAAGAAAAAGAUCAAUUACAAAUACGAGAUCAAGUAGAGAUAUAAUACCGCUUGACGAAUUAUUGAAUUCUUCAAUAACUGAUUUUAAUACAAAUGAAAGCUGUGGAGAUUCAGUUUCACCUACUACUGAAUUACUUAAUAUUAGGAAAAAUUUAAGUAUGGAACAAUUAAGAGUAAAACACUUGACUAGUUUAUUAUCUGAAAAUGAACAAGAUUUGGCUAAAUUAACCCAGCUCAACGAAGUACUUAAAGAGGAGCUUAGAAAAAUUCAAAGAUCAGAAGAACGUGAAAAGCAUACACAAAACUCUGAGUAUUUGAAAAAUGUCAUAUUCAAGUUUGUAACUUUGAAUACUGGCGAUGAGAAGUCACAUUUAGUACCUGUUCUAAAUAUGCUUUUAAAAUUAAGUCCUGAGGAGACUCAAAAGUUACAAGAUAUUGCUAAAGGAGUUGACUCAUCAGCUGGGGGACGUGGUUGGGGUAAUUAUUUACCACGGUGGUCAAAUAAUCAUUAAAGUGCAAAGUUUAGUUGUUAUUAUUUAUAUAGUUAGUUAUUUAUAUGUGUAUAUGUAUAUAUUUUAUGCGGUUGUAAAUUUAUAAUAUAAAUAUAUGAAUUUUAUAAUUGAUUUCACAA